CCGAGGACCAAAGGGCACCGGGCACAUCUACUCAGCAGAGAGGGAGAAAAAAAAUCCAAACUCCAUCCAGUUAUUACAGAUAAGCCCCUCUGCUCACAAUGCACUGCCUAAAAAGUCUGAGGACAACCAGCCCAGGAGUCCUGAAGCUGCUUAAGAAUGACGUUCUCCCUGGCAGAGUUGGACCUGACCUGCUCAGGAGUCAGCAGCCUGCUUCCCUCCUCAGAUGGGCAGCAUCAUCCCACAUCACACUGAGGGCCUUUCACAAAGAGCCUGGCCCCGAUCUGGACCAAGAACAAGUCAAGAGCCGCCUGAUGUUCAGCAUGGUGGACUUGCUUUUCUACACCAUCACGGACGGCAAGGAGAUGAUCCCCUUUUCUCAGUUCAUCUCCGCUUUGAGAAAAACAGGAUUGCUGCCAUCUGACCCCAGACUGCGGCACGGCAUCCGUCAGAUGCGGCAGUCUGCACAUGACUCCUCCGGACCGGUCAUGAUAGACAAGAAGCUCUUCAGAAGGUGUGUGGGCAACAACGUCAUUUUGUUGACGAAUGCUUUCAGAAAACAUUUCAUCAUUCCCGACUUUGAGCAGUUCACCCUCCAGAUCAAUAAGAUUUAUGAAAGUGCAAAGCAUCAAGAAGGAGGGCAGGUGGCUGAUUACAUCCCUCAGCUGGCUAAGUUCAGCCCCGACCUUUGGGGUGUAUCUCUGUGCACCGUCGAUGGGCAGAGGCACAACGUCGGCGACACUAAGAUCCCCUUCUGCAUGCAGUCGUGUGUCAAGCCCCUGGAGUAUGCCAUUGCUCUUCACGAGCUCGGCAGUGAGCGCGUUCACCGGUUUGUAGGCAAAGAGCCCAGCGGGUUUAAAUUCAACAAACUGUCACUAAAUGAAGAAGAUAAACCCCACAACCCCAUGGUGAACGCUGGAGCCAUUGUCAUCAGUUCUUUGAUUAAGCCUAACUCAAACAAAGCAGAGAGGUUUGAUUUUGUGAUGGAGUUCCUGAAAGGCAUGGUUGGUGCAGAGUAUGUGGGGUUCAGCAAUGCAACCUUCCAAUCAGAAAGGGAGACUGGCGAUAGAAAUUAUGCGAUUGGUUAUUACCUCAAAGAGAAAAAGUGUUUUCCUCAGAAUGCAGACAUGAUGGCAGCACUUGACUUCUACUUUCAGUUGUGCUCCAUAGAGGUCACCUGUGAGUCAGGAAGUGUCAUGGCUGCCACGCUUGCCAACGGGGGCAUUUGUCCAAUCACGGGGGAUCGUGUGCUGAGUGCUGAAGCUGUGCGCAACACGCUGAGCCUCAUGCACUCCUGUGGCAUGUACGACUUCUCCGGACAGUUCGCCUUCCAUGUGGGCUUACCAGCAAAAUCUGGCGUUUCCGGGGCUGUACUGCUGGUGGUUCCUAAUGUCAUGGGGAUGAUGUGUUGGUCCCCGCCUUUAGAUCGUCUUGGUAACAGUGUUCGAGGCAUUCACUUCUGCCAGGACCUGGUGUCUUACUUUAGCUUCCACAAUUACGACAACCUGAGGCAUUUCAACAAGAAGCACGAUCCCAGGAGACGAUCUGAUGAUGACCCGAAUAAAUCAGUGGUAAACCUGAUGUUUGCGGCAUACAGUGGUGACGUCUCAGCCCUGAGAAGGUUUGCCCUUUCUGCUGUGGACAUGGAGCAGAGGGACUACGACUCUCGCACGGCGCUCCACGUCGCUGCUGCAGAAGGCCACCAGGAAGCUGUCAUCUUCCUAACUGAAAUAUGCAAAGUGAAUCCUCUUGGAAAAGACAGAUGGGGCAACACCCCCCUAGAUGACGCCAUGCAGUUUGGCCACGGAGUUGUUGUUUCAAUCCUGCAAAAGUACCAGAACGAGUACACAGAGAAACACUCGUCCAGCAGCUCAGAGGAGCACAGUGCCGCCCUGGACAGCAUGAAGAGCUCUCUGUAAACCACAGGUGGAGAUGGGCUGCAAAACAAAGACAUCAUUUUAUAUGGUUGUCUCAUUUAGAGUGCAAUGUUUCCACUGUAUGGCAAAAGUGGCUUUUAUUUCUGCAUCAGCUUCUAAACUCACAUCAGUUUGGUUUUUCCUUUCAUGCUCAGUAUUUUUAUUCUUUCACCUUUCAAAUGGAAAACCCACUCUCAUCCCACACAUUGGAUAAAACAGUGAACAUUCGUCAUUGUCAGUGUUCAAUCACCAAUUUACCUCAGUUUAUCUCAUUACGCCGUAUCAAGGAUGCAAGGCAAAAAGUCAAACCACUUAAGAUCGCUACAUUUCACAGUAAUUUGGUGAAAUUUAGCCCAAUAAAACCAGAUUAUCACAGCUGCAUUUCAGGAAACAGCCUCAAAUUGAAAUUUUGCACACAACCCACAUUUUUUUUAAACACCAACAAUGAAGGCUUUUGUUUGAAAUGUAUGAAAGAGGGCAUCAAUUUUUCAGACGACCUAUAUUUUAUUUUGUGACUGUUUGGAUCAGGAUUUUAAAGAAAAACAUUGAAGAAAAUUUUACAUCUUUAAGUGGAGAUGAUCCUUCUGUUUGAGUGUGUAAAUGCUGAAAUAUUGUCUGUUUCCCCAAAAGAAGAAACAAAAUGUGUAUAUAUAAUAGUAUAAUGUACAUUUGAAUAUAAAAAUACAACUAAAUGACACUUUUUUAAUUUAAUUUGUGCUUUAUCAUCUUCAGUUCCCUGAGAACUGGUUUGAGUUUAGAAAGCUGGACACUUAAAUAUAUGCACAAACUUUUUUACCCACAAUUACUUGUGGAGUAUAGUAAUUUUGUGAAGUCUUUUAAAGCACUAUCUUCUUUAAACAUCUUGAUGUUGCACAUUUUUUAGUCUAAGUAGCUUUCAUGUGUUAGUUUUUAGUAUUAUGAAAUACUGUAAAUAUGCUUUAACUGUAAAAAAAAGUUUAGGUUUUUGAAGAUUUUGUACAUACAAUUAGUAAUUAUCUCAUAACUUCAUGUUUCAUAUAAGGUAUUAGUAGUUUUCCCUUUAGUUUUAGUUGCUGUAGAUAUUCUGCCGUAGGCAUGUGCAAUAAUAUAAAUAAGUGCCUAAAUGCAAUGUAUUUUAAUUUAAGAAAAUAAAAAA